CGAAAGCCUAGGAGAAGAAGAAGGACGGAAGAACGAUCGAGAAAAGCCCAGUCUUUCCUGUCGGUUUGUGGUAACAACGCUAUUACGAACCGUGUCAGGGUCUUCAUUUUGGGCAUUUUGGUCUGAGCUGCAGUCAUGGUGUGCAUUCCCUGUAUUGUGAUCCCUGUCCUUUUGUGGGUCUACAAGAGGUUCCUGGAGCCAAUCAUUUAUCCCUUCAUUUCACCAUUCAUUAAUAAAUUUUGGACCAAAAAAGCUGUCAAGGAGACGAGUGGUACUAGUGACCAAAACGUUAGUGAAAACAGUCAUUUGACUUGCAAGACUGAGAGCAACGGUGACGCCACUGCUAAUGGAACAACAAUAGCCGCGGAUAAGAAGACAGACUGACAGCUUUAAAUCUUAAUAAUACAUAUAAAACACUGUAAAUAUUUCAGUAAUAUAAUAUAGAUUAUAAUAUAGAUAAACUAUGAAUUUCCAUUUCUGUCUUCUUUGGAUUGAGAGGUUUUAUUAUUUGCAGAAAUUGUCUGAAAGAAUGAUUUAUUUUCACUUGUGUUCCUGCUAAUCCUGAAAUAAUGUAUGUA